GCCCUAAUCAGAGAAAAAUAUUCAUUAGAGUUUUGAGUGUUGCGGUGUCACCAGCCAGACGCUAUGGAGCCAAAAGAAUUCAGUGAUUUCGCCAAGUCGAUGGUGGAUUAUAUUGUUGAAUAUUUGGAAAAUCUAAGGGAACGCCGUGUCCUGGCAAAUGUACAACCUGGUUAUUUGCGCCCUCUGAUUCCCAAUGCGGCUCCCGACGACCCCGAUUCCUGGCAAGAUGUCAUGGCCGAUAUUGAACGCGUGAUUAUGCCUGGAAUUACCCACUGGCAAAGUCCCAGAUUUCAUGCCUAUUAUCCCAUGACAAAUUCCUAUCCCUCGAUUGUGGCUGAUAUGUUGAGUGGGGCCAUUGCAUGUGUUGGAUUCUCAUGGAUGGCCAGUCCCGCUUGCACAGAAUUGGAGGUGGUUAUGCUUGAUUGGUUGGGUAAUAUGAUUGGCUUGCCCAAGGAGUUUCUGGCCUCUUCCGGUGGCAAGGGAGGUGCGGUUAUACAAGGUACUGCCAGUGAGGCAACUUUGAUGGCCUUGCAGGCAGCCAAGGCAAAGAAAGUGCAGGAAGUAAAAGAAGACCAUCCAGAUUGGACAGAUGACAUGAUUGUAACGAAAUUGGUGGCCUAUACCUCGGAUCAGGCCCAUUCAUCUGUGGAAAGAGCUGGGCUAUUUGGUGGGGUUAAAAUGCAUUUCAUAGCAUCCGAUGCCAAGAACAGUAUGAGGGGUGAGGAUUUGGAAAUGGCUAUCAAAAAUGAUUUGGAAGCAGGCCUUAUACCAUUUUAUGCUGUUGUCACCCUGGGCACCACCAACAGCUGUGCCUUUGAUCGCCUGGAUGAAUGCGGACCAGUGGGCAAUAAAUACCACAUAUGGAUCCAUGUGGAUGCUGGCUAUGCAGGCUGUGCAUUUAUUUGCCCCGAAUACCGCCAUUUCAUGCAGGGGAUUGAGACGGCGGAUUCUUUCAAUUUCAAUCCCCACAAAUGGCUGUUGGUCAAUUUCGACUGCAGCACCAUGUGGCUGAAAGAUCCAUCCUGGUUAAUAAAUGCCUUCUAUGUUAACCCGGUCUAUUUGAGACACGAGACGCAAGGUUCUCUACCCGACUACAGGCACUGGCAAAUUCCGUUGAGUCGGCGUUUUCGUGCCCUCAAAUUGUGGUUUGUUUUACGUCUCUAUGGUGUUAAACAGCUCCAGGAUCACAUUCGACGUUAUUGUAAAUUUGCUCAGGAAUUUGCCGAAAUGUGCCGGGCAGAUGAGCGUUUUGAAAUCGUGGGAGAGGUUAAUAUGGCUUUGGUUUGCUUCCGUUUGAAGGGCGGCAAUGAGGCGAAUGAAAAGCUCUUGAAAGUUAUUAACUGUCGUGGCAACAUCCAUAUGGUGGCUGCUAAAAUCCAUGAGAUUUACUUUUUGCGAAUGGCGGUGUGUUCGCGUUAUACCAAAUCGGAGGACAUGAUUUACACAUGGAAUGAAGUUAAGGAGGUGGCUGAUGAAAUGUUGCAGAAAUAAUGAAACCUUUUUAUGUCAGCAUCUCCAAAAUCGAAUGGUAAAAAUA